AAAAAACAUGAUUUCGAUCCUAUUUUUAUGAUGAAAAAACGAGUAAAGUUUAUUUCGUUAACACUUACGUUAAAUAUUCGUACGUUUUUGUAUUAACUUACAAAUCAAAUCGCAGUUAUGUCUGGACGUGGAAAAGGUGGAAAAGCUAAGGCUAAAGCCAAGACAAGAUCCUCAAGAGCUGGACUUCAAUUUCCAGUCGGUAGAGUGCAUAGAUUCCUUCGUAGAGGGCACUAUGCUAACCGAAUUGGAUCUGGAGCACCAGUUUACUUAGCAGCCGUCUUGGAAUAUUUAUCUGCUGAGAUAUUGGAGUUGGCUGGUAACGCAGCAAGAGACAACAAAAAAGCUAGGAUUAUUCCAAGACAUUUACAAUUGGCUGUUCGUAAUGAUGAAGAAUUAAACAAACUUUUGAGCGGUGUAACCAUUGCAGCUGGUGGUGUUUUGCCAAACAUUCAAGCUGUCCUUACUACACCUCUGGUUUCCUCAUAG